AUGAUUUCGAGAGCUCCUGCGACUUCAAACUUGCACCUGGAACCAGGCGAGGAUGAGGCGACUCUAGCAAAGCUAGGAUACAAGCAGGAGUUUCGCAGGGAAUUCACUCCGCUAGAGGUAUCUGGACUUGCAUUCAGCUAUAUAGGAGUGGUACCUUCUAUAGUCUCCGUGUUUUUUUAUGCCCUACCAAAUGGUGGGCCUUUCGCUAUGGUAUGGGGGUGGGCAAUUGCUUGCCCUUUUAUCAUGUGCAUCGGGUUGGCACUGGGAGAACUCGCGUCAGCGCGCCUACUUCCGCUAUACUAUUGGACUUACUCCCUUGCGUCUCCACGGUGCCGCAAUUUUCUGUGUUGGAUAGUUGGCUAUUCGAACACCAUAGAAUCUAUAGCGAGAGUCGCUUCGGUAAAUUGGGCGUGCGCGAUUCAAAUCACAGCCGCAAUCAGUAUCGCCUCUGGUCAACCAUAUGCGACUACUAAUGCGAAGAUCUACGGUAUAUACGCAGCUGUAAUGUUGUCACAAGCCGUCCUCGUGAGCCUCGGUACCAAAGUCUUGGCAAGACUGCAGUCACUGUAUACGUUGGUGAAUUUGUGCCUGUGCUUCAUAGUCAUUAUCGCACUUCCGAUCGCAACACCAUCAGAAUAUCGAAACAGUGCAAGUUUUGCGCUAGGGAAUUUCACAAAUCUGGAUGGCUGGCCAUCUGGAUUCGCAUUUAUAUUGAGCUUAAUGGCUCCUCUUUGGACAAUAGGGGGUUAUGAUGCUAGCGUCCACAUGAGCGAGGAGGCUUCGAACGCCGCUACCGCAAUACCAUGGGCGAUCACCAGUUCCAUUAUUAUUGCGGCCGUCCUGGGUUGGGUCAUCAACGUUCCCUUAGGUCAGCCCUUGGCCCAGAUCUUUUACAAUUCGCUCGGGCAGAGAAUGGCCUUAGUUUUUUGGUGUUUCAUUAUCUCAGCCCAAUACAUGGUGUCAUCGAACUGUCUCCUGGUCGGCUCUCGCCAGACGUUUGCAUUUGCUCGUGAUGGAGCCCUCCCAUUUUCACGAUAUUUGUACCGGAUCAAUGGCUACACACACACACCAGUCAAUACAGUUUGGUUCGACGCCGCCUGUGCUCUGUUAAUUGGACUUCUCGCGUUCGUGAGCACCCAAGCCGUCAAUGCGGUAUUCACAAUUGGUGUCACCGCGUCGUAUAUCUCCUACAUAACGCCUAUCACGACCCGUUUCGUGUUUAAUAACAACUUUAAACCCGGCCCAUUCCACCUUGGGAAAUUUAGUUUUCCGAUCUCUGCGAUCGCUGUGACAGGGAUGGUGUUCAUGAACAUCGUUUUCUUCUUUCCCUCCACCCCCCAAACAACCGCACAGGAGAUGAACUAUACAGUUGUGGUCCUUGGAGGGUUCAUGUUCCUUGCGAUUUCGUGGUAUUAUUUCCCGGUGUACGGAGGCGUGCAUUGGUUCAAUGGACCCAUAGCCAACAUUACACCGGCUAUCACAUUCAGUGGUGCGGGAGGUGGUUGCGGGGUUCAAGAGACGAUUGAUCGAACAAAGUCUGCUUCGAUAACCCAAACCACGUCAGCGUAA